UAUCAAUCCAGCGGUAUUGAUGCAGUAUUUAUUUUCUUUGAACCGAAGACCAGAUGUCACACUCGCCUUUUAUUGCAAAGAAAAAAAAGUACAAAGACGCAUAUGGUGGAAACUGCACCAAGGACCUGACAUGGGAGUUAAACCACGUGGUACAAUGCCUAGAUUCCACCAGUCACGUGCUCGGCUUCUGUUUUGGGUGGAUCGCAAUGGUUCUGAGUUGCGUGUCAUUUACAAGUAUAUAUGGCUUACACCAACGUCGCCAGAACCUUCCAGUCCAACACGGAGUCUGCAUGUUCGUUAUACUGCAUAGCGUUGCUGAAAGUCUAGGCCUGACUGGCAGCCUAUUUGCAUAUCAGUUACCAACUCAGGUUAUGUUUGCACUAUCCAUGACCAUGAUGACAUUUAUGGCUGGCAUUCAUUUUUUAACGAAGACAUGGCAGAACAGAAAUCAAAAUAAAACAUACAACUUACAAAAAAGUAAUUUGAAGAAAUCAAAGUUUAGAAAGUGCAUGUACCCGUUAUUCCUGCUUCUCCCGGCUAUUUCCGUGCUCGCGCUGGGUUCCAACGUCAGUAGAGGUGAAAAAAGCGUGCUUGAUACGGAUGGAAAACUGCAGGAAAGCGUCGUGCCAGUUCAAUGGUUGCUUGGUUAUGUCUGUGGAAUAAUGGCCGCAGUAUCACUUUGCUGUGCAAAACUCGUUGACAUUCUCAUAUCAUUUUAUACAACGGAAGGAAGUACAAGACUUACAGUGGCGCUGUUGGGUGGCGUUUGUGGCGAUUUCUGCUACCUCAUUUCUGUAUACUGCUUUGGUCUGACUGAUAUAUUUGUUUACCGCACUCUGCCGUGGACCUUACCAAGAUUAAUCUCAUCCGGCACCGACACAGGCAUAAUCAUACAGCGAUGCUUUCAAGACCAGAAAAGGAGAAAUAGACGGCUGUCAAACGAAGAUGCAAACUGCCUUAUAAGUUCUGAUGUCGAUGUCUCUAGCGAUGGAAGUGAAGAAAUUCUAUGGAUGCCUCUAAACACUCUACACGAACAUACACCGCAGUACUCAGUGUGUGAGGCUCGAGUCCAGAUUAUCUCGGAGUCGGAUCCGUGUCCUGAUUCUAAUAGCGAAGAAGAACAUGCAGAUAACGUGACCUCACAAGGCGAGGAACAGUCGGACGAUAUGGAAUCGACAACCUAAUGAAUUUUAACAGUAUCAUCUAUCUUCUGCAAUAAGUUUUCCCAUAGGUAUCUCCAGAAUUUUAAAACCAUAAUUGUUAGGUAUUAUAAGAGUGUUGUCUAUGUUGAGCCGUAGGACAAGCAAAUUGUAUAUAAUAUGAUGGCGACAGAAAUGUUGCUUCUGAGACACAGGUAUCGUCAUCAUUGAAUCGGAUACUAUCGUUGAUAUUCGUAAAA